UUAGACUCUACCUACAAGACAACACAUAUACUAAAUGUUUCCUAACCACAAGUAACAAUUAAUUGUACAUUUAUUUUAUUUAAGGGAACACAAACUCUAUUUUUGUAAUAUACUGUAUUAGUAGUGCUUUGUGGAAUUUGUACGUAAAGAAAGGUGCGAAGCCACGCGCGAUAUAACGGACGAGAAGACGACGAAAGUAGGAAAAGAUAGGAAGGUUUCUCGAUAACUGGAAGACCUAAAUACGAAAGAAGAAAAACGGAUACGAAAAAAGAUAAAGAAAUAGUGGAUGAACAGAAAAAAGAUAAAAAUCAAGAAGACAGCAACUGAAACGACGAGGAUAACGAGGGGGGACAAUUCCGACGAAGACGGCAACGAGGUGGAUAAGGACGAUCGUACCGCAACAGUGGCCGCCACUGAGGCUGAAAACGACAGCGAAGUAGGUGAUAAUCUCGCGUAGUCUCUCCGCUCGUUGACUUAGUUCGGUGUAGCUAGCUGAUUUUCUUGAUGUGGUGCGUGUUUUAAUAACGAAUUAUAACGUGGAGAAAAGUGUUCGAUUGAUAGUAAUAGUGAAGUGUAUAAUCGACACACCCUCUUGACACUCAACAUCUAUUUCAUACCGUCAUCGGUUCAACUCUUUACCCUCUUCUUUCCUUAUCUUGUUCUUUUUCGUUCUAUCCUUUAUUACAUUUACGUACCGCGUGUACAUUUGAUCACUGCAGAAAGCCGUACAUACUACGUCUAUCUUUUUCUUUUUCUUUGCUUUUUCUUCGUCAUAACCCUCAACUCGUUUUCUCUUUCUUCUCUCUCUUUUUCUUUCUUUCUCUUUUACUCUCGCUCUCUAGAUUGUCUUAUUAUCUUCUUCUCUUUCUUUCGAGCGAAGUGAUUUAUCGUUUCGCUUGUCGCAUCGAACUUCGUUUGUGUUAAAACUAUACCGACUGACUAACUAUAUCCCUUUACAUCCAUAACCAUACAUACUGUACUUCGUUCUUACCCCCUCCCAACAAACACCCUCGUUUUACGAAGCGUCUCACCCACACCUAUUUGUCCUUUCUUUCUUCCUCUUUUUCUGCCUCCGCUCCACCCCGGUUUAUCGGCCGAUCGGAGUGCAAAUUCGUUCGUGACCGUGCUGUGUGGGUUUUGCAUCUACUAGUGUCGAAAGAUAUAAAAACGGGGGUGACGCCGUACUUUUGGCAACAUCAGACCAGCAACGUACAAAUACGAAUAAGAGAAGAAACACAUAUUACCGUAGUAAUAGGACGGUACGGUAUCGUUUCGAGCAGGCGCCACGAGCGAUAAUAUCACUAACAUGUCCGUGAGAAUGGAAAAUGUAGCCGCGCCGAGGAAGCUCAACUAUAAAAUGAUAGGUACAAACGGUCCAAGACCGACGUAUGUAGGUGCUAACAAUGGAAACGCCGGUGGCGCCGGUGGUGGCGGCGGUGGAGGUGGUGGAGGCGGCGGUAGUGGCGGUAGCGCUACGGGUGGUGGCGUCGGUGUAGGUCCAGCGAGUGGUGGCGGCGGUGGCGGAGGUGGUGGUGGUGGCGGUGGCGGUGGUGGAGGCGGGCACGGAUUGAAGGGGAACACUGGUGGCGGGCCACGAGGCGGGAACCCGGUGCAGUAUCGUGCGAGCGGUGCCGCGGCUUGGGGCGCAGCGCCGCCCUCUCACGCGGCUGCGGCUGCGGCUGCGGCGGCAGCGUAUCCACCGUACACGCGGUAUCCAAGCGCAGCGGCUGCAGCUGCGGCCGGCCAGAUGCCCGUCGGAGCACAGCAACUACCGCCUACGGCGAAUCCUUACGCCACCGCCACCUACGCACAGCACGCGUCGUAUGGUGGACAAAGGGUGCCUACAGCCUCCUCUCCAGCUAAUACUAAUAGUAGUUCUAGCAGUGCUACCGGCAGUCGAAGUGGGACAAUGAGCACAAGUCUUAGCAAUAAUGCUAUACAAGGACAGCAAGCAGAACAGUUGUCAAAAACAAAUUUAUAUAUUCGUGGCCUCAACCAAAACACUACUGACAAGGAUCUCGUUAACAUGUGUUCUCAAUAUGGAACUAUUACGUCUACAAAGGCAAUUUUGGAUAAAAAUACAAAUAAAUGUAAAGGUUAUGGAUUUGUAGACUUUGAAUCACCAGUGGCGGCAGAGGGUGCUGUGAAAGCACUGGUCGCCAAGGGCAUCCAAGCGCAGAUGGCGAAAGUGGGUAUCUGGUUGCUCCCUAGACUGCCCAGUGUACGUUGGUUGUGCAUGCAAAUUGAAGUAAAUUGUCGUAAACAACAGGAGCAAGACCCCACCAAUUUAUAUAUUGCAAAUUUGCCACUGAGCUUCAAAGAAAAUGAUGUUGAAGGUUUACUAGCUCAGUAUGGACAAGUUAUUUCAACGCGCAUAUUGCGCGAUACUGCUGGACAGAGUAAAGGUGUUGGAUUUGCAAGAAUGGAAUCUAAAGAAAAAUGUGAACAGAUAAUUCAGAUGUUUAAUGGAAAAGCAUUACAAGGGGCUAAAGAUCCUUUAUUGGUGAAAUUUGCAGAUGGUGGUAAUAAAAAAAAAUCAUUGUACAAAAGUACAAUAUGGAGAGAAACUGGAGAGAACAUGACUUUGAAUUAUGAUACAAGUGGUGUUGGUCAAAAUGGGGUUGCAGCUACUCAUAUGCUACCCGCAGCUACUUUAACACAAUAUAGUCGUCAUUAUGGUCAAGCUUUACCUGGUUAUAGUGUACCAGGAACGCCUUGGGUGACUCCUUAUUUGGUGCAGACUGCCCCUCCACAUAUGCAACAGGUCGACAUGAUGCCAUCAGCUGAUCCCAGUAACCCACAGUACAGUAUGAUUCCUCAACUUACUACACAAAUGUCUACGUUACAUCUUGGCACUGGUUCCUAUAUAGCAGCAAGCCCACAUCCCUAUCCUUAUACUUAUCCUCCUAGCAUUAUUCAUACCAUGCCAUUGGGUGAUUCUGAACAAACAAGCAAUGCGGCAUCUCCUGAUGAUUCUUACCAACAAUAUCAAGCUCAGCAGCCCAAGUAGGCUAUGGUUUUUAGAUAUGAUUACAUCGAGGGGUAUGUAAGUUAGGACAGCCACACCUGUUGAUACGAAGGAUUAUAUUAAUGAAGAAUAGAUGAGACUAAAUACAUUACAUAAAGUCAGAUAAGAUUCUUCCUCAUGAUAAUUGACUUGCCAGCCAUCUUUUAUACAUUUUAUCCAUCAGAUAAAUAGGUGAAAGUAGUUAAUAUUUUCCAACGAUUAGAGAAUGAAUGUUGUCAUAAGAAAGGGGUACGAGUGCUCGUGUCAUCUACAUUGUUCGGCACCAGCACGGCUCCAUACGCUGUAAUGCCAACACAUCAUUACGACAGUGACAAAACUGAUAUUCUGCGACGAACAGUUUAGUGUCAAGCUAAUAGGCUUCCAGGAUUAACUUUAGGUAUUACAUUUAUUAAGGAGAUGAUAAGUUGAAGCUGAACGCUUGAGAGUGUGAAUAAAAUAUUUUAACAAAAACUGUAAACUAUAAAAGAAACGCUGCUCAGAAAUACAAAGGAGAAUUCUUCCCAAGAAAUAAUAAUAAUAAUAAUAUAAAGAGAAAAAAAGCACUUCCAAAUGCUAGAGUUGAUAAAGAAAAAUAAAAUUCAGAUUCAGUUACUUAUAAAUCAGUACCUACUGGACUUUCGUGCCAGCUGGCUGGCCGGUGGCUGCGCUGCGAAGAGAAGAAGCUAUGGAUUAAUAUCUCUUUUUCGAAUAAUGAAAAAAAGAGCUCUUUCUUAACAGCACACACCACCCCAUCCACUAACUGCACCCUCAUCAGAUUAUUUCUUUUUGUUUUCUUCUGUUUCGUUCAGACAUUCCAAGCCAGGCACAUAUUGUAUGUAUGUAUUGCCAUGCGGAGAUUUUUAUCUACUUUUACAAGUACAGUUUUCGCGUUCUCUUUUAAUCACGAAUGAAUAUAUUUUAUGGACGAAAAAGAAAUGAAGAUUUUAAGAGAGAAAAAGAAAAAAUAAAGCUUUAUUUCUAAAAGAAAAAAAACUUCAGGAUAUAUGUAAUUAUUGUAACAAGAAGGAAAGGAACAUAGUACUUUUUAGAAGAUUUAUAUUUAUGAGUACAGUUACUACGAAUCGAUAUCAGUUUUAAUUGUACAGUGAAUACAGAUAUUUUUUUUAGAAUUGUGCCUUUUCAGACAAAUCCGCUAGACAGGGAUAUGCUGAAAAAUAUUAUAAUAUAUUUUUACGUCGGUAUGUAAAUGCGAAACUUGAGCCAAAUUUUGAUCUUCUAGUUAAGAGAAUAUAAUUGUUUUUACGUUGUAGCCAGUUGAAUAUCACUACGUUUGUUUUUUGGUUACAAAUUCGAAUAGAUUUUGUAUGUGUAUAGUUGCCACUAAUGGGAUUGAUGGACCGGAAACAUCUAUACGGUCUGUAUGAAGUCUAGGAAGAAAAAAAAUGAAAUCAAAUGGCGGAUCAUUGUAAACCGAGAAUAAUUUCCACCGCCUGAAAGAAAAUGAAAGAAAGAAACAGAGUAGGCUUGUUACAACGGAAUAUGAUAGGUAGAGUAUAAAUUAAUUUAUUAUAUCGAACGAACGAAUAAAAUCGUGUUACAAAUGAAAACGAAAAAGAUAAUGGGAUUGGAGCUGAACGAUAGGCGAGAGGAUUGAACGCGAGGAAACAAAAAGAAACGAAAUAAAAAUAUCGAGGAUUUUCUAUCUAUGUGAUAUCUCGAAAAAGAGAGAAAGAGAGAGAGAAAAGAUUAGAAAAAGAAAAAAACACCCUUCUCUCCUGCGUUCCUCUAAGCCCGUUUUUACAUCCGGUACAGUUUUCACGUUGUCUGACUUAGAUCGAGUCGAGGAACGAUUAGCAGAAAGCUUUCUACCAAAUAUUGCGAGCUAUGGGCUCGAAGUGGCGGGCAGGUAGUUAGAUAGAGUUAGAGGCGAUCGUAGCUAUUAUUAUAAUAUUACAAUAAUAUGCUGUAUUAUUAUAAUUAAUGAUUACUAUUAUUGACGUCAUCUAAAGUAUGAAAGAUUUUUACACUGUUGAGACUUGAAGUAAAUAAUAUAUUUAGUUUAUUUUGGUACAUCACGAUUUGAUGACAAGAGAUAAAAGAUGAAAAAAAUGGUAUGAGCUAUUUUUUAAGAGACCGAUUAUUACUCGAUUUGAGUCCAUGCAUUAAGAGAGAAAAAAAGAAUAAGAGAGCGAGAGAACGAAAGAAAAGCGAAAGGGAAAACCUAUUUGCGAGUGUGUAAUUGUUUGCACAAGCGAUUGUCACCACGACUGACAACAAAAAUCACAUGUGAUUAAAUAGUGAAUUUUGAAAAAUUUUACUAAUAGACUUGUACUAAAUAACUAAUUAUUAUUGUGACGACCAAAACAAAAAAGAGCAGCAUUUUUAUAGUGCUGACCGAGCGGAAGAACGAUGGUUCGGCCGACAAAAAAAAUGCCAGCUCCCGCAGAUACGGAGCCGCACUGGAGAGCGGGCAGAGAGGAGAAAAAGAGAGUGAAGAAAGUCAUGGAUGUAAGAAGCAGAGUGAAAGAAAUUUGAAAGAAUGAAUGAAAGUGCGUGAACGAAGGAUAAAAAGAAAAUGUGUGUGAAAAGGAAAAAAAAAGUUGAAUGAGAGAAAAAAAAUAGAACGUGAGAUAAGAGAGAAAGUAAAAUGAGUGAAAAUGAAAGAAAAGAAUGAAUGCAUCGUAACCUAUUGUAUAGAAUAUGCGAAAAAAGAGGACACUGCGAGAUGUUGUGUAGUUAGUGUUGAUUAUGAGUAUAGGUUAGGUACCAUUUUGGAUAGGAAGUAAUCGAUAAGUAAUUAAGUUAGAUAGAUAGUUAGCUGAUAGUUAGGUUAUAUAUACAACUGCCUCUCCUUGUUGAAAAAAACAAAAAAAAAAAAAAAAAAAAGGAAAAACGCAUCAGGUGAGGCACCGUUCAGCCUAUGCACCUCGCACCCGUCAAGACUGACUGGCUAUUCAUAUUAAUAAUAAAUAUAUAUUAUUCUACAACAUAUUAUCUACUGUAAUAUAAAUAGUAAGGACUGCUUGCUGCGCACCGCGGGUCGGGUGCUUGGGCUGGCCGGGCGUGGUUUACGAAAAGAAAAUCAAUUUCUUUUUGGAACACAAGUUUCCAAGCAACGCUGCUUUCCGUAAGCUUUCUCUAGAAUUUCUAGCGUAGUCUCUUUUUAGAUUAGAUUCACAACUAGUAGUCGUAGGCUGAUGUAGAAAGAUGAGAAUAAAAAGGAAAAAAACUAGGGUGUUUUUAAGUAACGAAACAAAAAAAAAAAAAUAAUGUAAUAUUAGUCGAACGUCGGCUUAAGC